AUGAGAGAGGACCAAGGAUUGAGAAGCCACGUCUUGAGAGGGCUAGAGUUGAGAAACCACGAUCUGAUAGGACCAAGAGCUGAGCGACUUGUUCAAGCCCCUUGUGUGCUUGAUGAAGAGAGCCUUCAAGCUUUGUUUGAUGAGCCACUAGGAAGGGCUCUACAAGAAGGGGAGGAUGCAGCCUCUAAGGCAAGACCAGGAGAUAAAAGAAAGGAUCCACCAGCUCAGGCCCCUUCAGUCAAGCCAUCUCAGCUCACAAUGACUUUGUUCCCCACCAAGUUUGAAAAUGGGAAGAUUGAGUACAAGAUAAGGUACAAGGGGAGAUCAAGGCCAUUCUCUAGAGCCAAGGCCUUGGUGACUUCAGAACAGUCCAGGGACCCAACCAAGCUAAAGGAGCUUCUGUCUCAAGUCCUCACUAUCACCCUUGAUGGUGGGACUAGCUCAACCAAUGCCUAA